CCAGAGGGAUCCAUGCCAUCGCCUCCUCCCCACCGGGAGACUGAGCAAGGGCGGGACCCCCUGGGGGGGCACCGUGGGUGGCCAGCAGAGCCCACCCCACACAGUCCACUGCCCUGCACAUUACAGCUCCGUCUCCUGCUGUGGAGGAGAGAGAGGUUGGGAUGGCGACCGCCCGGGCCGGACAGGGGUCGGCCCUCCCGUGGGCCCUGCAGCCAGGCCUCCUGUCUCCCUGAGGCCCUGCGGGGCAGCCCACGGCCCCGGAACGCGGCCGCCUCCUCCCUCCAGGGGCGCAGGCCCCGCCCCCGCCAGCCUUGCCCCAACCUCAGAAGCUGCUCCGGCACCUGGCAGCCCAGAGAUGUCAGACCUGAGCCGGGUCACGCAGCCUGGCACUGGAGCCGCUGUGUGGGCCGGAGACAGGCGCCCGCCCCAGGGCGGGGUUGCCCUGACAAGCAGCACACACGUGUGCAACCGCAGAGCACUGGCACCGGCCCCGGAGCCGGCAGCAAGGAGGCAGCUGACGGACGGCCACGAGGGGGCGGGCCGCGCGUCCCCCUGCCCACAUCCGCCCACACAGCUGUCCCAUCGGGGCAGGUGACAGCCUCCACCCUGGAUCAGCUGAGGGCAUCAGGCUGGCCUGCGGGGUGGGGUGGGCGCAGGGCCAACCCUGGCCAGCUCUGUCCAGGGCCUGGAUUCCAGGGCAGCUGGGAGGAGCUCCUGGCACGGGCCCCCUGGGGUGGGCAGGGUGGCCGCUGGGCCCUCGGCCCCUGGGGGCCGGGGGAGGGGUCGUUCCCAGCAUGCACCUCCUGCCAGGCUGCCCCUCGCUCCCAGCCCGCAGAGCCCCCUGCCCUGCCCCCUGGCCCCAGGCCUGUGGACCGGGGUGGCCUCGGAGCUGGUGAUAGCAGCGGUGUCUGCCCGGCACCCGCAGCCUCGGAGCCGGGAGCCGGAGCCCAAGGCUCGGCCGCCUGCCUGCCGCGGGGACGGCGCUCCAGGAGCAGCUCCCAGCGGGGCCCUGAGGAACAGGGUCCAGGGUCUCCAGGCCUGCACUGGCUGAGACCUGCAAAGGAGGCAGGACCCCAGCGUCUGCCACCAGGUGAGCACACCCUGACCCUGGCCACCUGCGCUGGGGCCUCCAGGACCCUUGGCCCAAACAGGCCAUCCCACAGAGCAGGGACCCGCGGCCCAUGUAGGCCAUGCAAAGGAGAGGGCAAAGGCUCUCCCGGGCCCUGGGCGGCCCCCUCUCGCCCUGGCGUGGGCAGCAGGCAUGGAAGUGGGCAGGGCCGGGCGGGGUCCCCAGGUGAGGCAGGGCAUGGAGGCCGGGGUGUCGGCCAGCCCCCGGCUCCCGCUCAGCCCCGUGGCCUUGGCUGUGCCCACGCUGAGCCCACCUCCUCCUUCGGGGGGGGCGGAAUGGCGACUUCCACACAAGACUCGGGGUCGCUGGGGGUCACCGCAGUGGCCCCCACCCUGGCUGGCCUGGAAGCUCCUCCCACCAGGGCCCAGGGAGCUCCGAGCAUUUUGCGGACGGAGAACGUGACUUGAGGCAGCUGUGAGAACGUCCUUGGGCUGUGUGCUCUCGUUGUAAACCAUCAGGAAGACUGCCAGCGCGCCCUGUCUCUGAGCUCUGACGGUGCUGUUUUUAGCAGGCGUUUCGCACAAGGGCCCAGUGAGCCGGAAGCUCGGGUGGACGAGGUGGGACUCCCGUCCGAUGGGGGUGCACGGUGCUCACGGCUCACAACAGGUGCAGGCAGCAGCUGCGGUGCCCCGGCCAUGCUGCCGGCACGGUCACAACCGAGCUCGCCGCUGCUCCAGCUCCAA